AGUGAUGAGAUGGUGGUGGAGCUGAUUGAGAACAACCUGGACUCCCCUCCCUGCAAGAACGGCUUCCUCCUGGAUGGCUUCCCGCGCACAGUGAAGCAGGCGGAAAUGCUGGAUGAGCUCCUGGAGAAGAGGAGAGAGAAGCUGGACUCUGUCGUGGAGUUCAGCAUUCCCGACUCCUUGCUGAUCCGGAGAAUCACCGGACGGCUGAUUCACCCAGCAAGUGGCCGCUCUUAUCACGAGGAGUUCAGACCCCCGAAAGAGCACAUGAAGGACGAUGUCACUGGAGAGCCCCUGAUCCGCCGUUCGGAUGAUAAUGAAACAGCCCUGAGGACGCGCCUGAAGGCCUAUCACACCCAGACCUCCCCCUUGGUGUCCUACUACAGCAAGCGUGGGAUCCACACGGCCGUGGAUGCCUCCCAGUCUCCUGAUGUGGUGUUUGCCAGCAUCCUGGCAGCCUUCUCAAAAGCAACAUCUGAGUGACUCCAUGAAGCAGAUGAGGCACCACCACACGCUGCACACUGCUACAUCACCCAUUGCAGCCCUCCCCUGGGGGCAGGGGAGGCAGGGAGGGGGUAUGAUUGAUGGGAGGGGGGGGAAGGAGGUGGUAGACAAGGGGCUUGGGGGCUGAUUUGGUUGGCUUUUGGUUGGAUUCCUUAUUCAGCACAAUCAUUGCGAAGAGGAGAUGGGCUUCUCCUUCGAAAUCACUUUUGGUUGGGGAGGCAAAACCAUGGGACAGAGUGGAACAUCCCCAGCAGGGAUCA